GAGUAAGACAAGGACAGUGCGAUCGAUUGUUCGUCCUUGUCAAACUGACUUGACCCAACCUUCCUGCUCUUGCGCUCGCGCGCAUGGUGUUGGUUCGCGAUUUCGCCGCACGAAGCCUCCAAAGUCAACGCUGGAUUUAUCUCUGGCUCCUGUAGACCAUUAACUAGAAAAAACAAAUCCGAAAAGAAGAAAGCAAAGAUUGUGAUAUUAUUUACUCACGAAUCUUUGUUGUUUAUAUUUUAAUUGUAAUCAAAAUGGAUUCCUACAUAAUGCAGAUUCGACGUCUGUGGCUUAAUCAAGAUGGGGAAACAUUGGCGGAUCUUCUAUCAUUAAGACAUAGUCAUGUUAUGAUUCCUCAAAUUGGAUCUGAAAGUGCAAUAAACAAAGCAAUGGAACAUUUAACCACACCCUUAGAUGAUUUAGUACUUUAUCAUUUAAAAGCUAUAAUUGCAAUGAACAAGAACGAUGUAUUUUGCUUGUACAACCAACAAAGCUCAGCUGUGCAAUGUCUUGCAAAAAUCCUGCAAAUGCAAAAAGAGGAAAAUUGGAUGUUGCCAGUAAUGAAUGUAAUGUGCUUGGAACUGAGGUUAUCUGCAAUAAGUGUAGAAAAUUCAAAAAGCAACAAAAAUCUGAAGCCUGGUGAAGUACUUGAAAAAUGUGCUGAGAGUUUAAUGGCUUGCUUUCGAGUUUGUGCGGCUGAUAGUAGAAGUUCAGAAGAAGACACUAAACGGUGGGGAAUGUUAGCUUUAAUCAACCAGUUAUUGAAAGUGUAUUUCAGGAUUAAUAAAUUGCAUCUUUGUAAACCUCUGAUACGUGCUAUAGAAUCUUCUUCUUAUAAAGAUCAUUUUGCAUUGGCACAACAAAUUACAUACAAAUUUUUUGUUGGACGAAAAGCAAUGUUCGACAGUGAUUACAAAGUUGCUGACAAGUACCUGACUUAUGCAUUUGAGCAUUGUCACAUCAUGAGUUCAAAAAAUAAAAGACUUAUCCUGACUUAUCUUGUACCUGUAAAGAUGUUACUGGGAUAUAUGCCAAAGCAGAGUAUCCUACAAAAGUACAAUUUAAUGGAAUUUUGGGAAUUGAUGGAAUCUGUUAAAAAAGGAGAUUUACAUUCCCUAGAAAAAGUGAUGGCAAAACAUGAAGCAUUCUUUAUUGGUGCUGGCAUAUAUUUGAUUGUUGAGAAACUCAAAUUAAUCGCUUAUAGAAAUUUAUUCAAGAAAGUAUAUCUGGUACUGCGUACACAUCAAAUACCAGUACAGAGUUUGCUUGUGGCAUUACAGAUGUAUGGAAUGGAUGAUACAGAUAUGGAUGAAACAGAAUGCCUCCUUGCAAAUCUAAUAUAUGAGGGCAAAAUUAAAGGUUACAUAUCGUUCCAACAUAAGAAAUUGGUUAUAUCUAAGCAAAAUCCUUUUCCACCAUUAUCUACUAUACCAUAAUUAUAAUAUCGUAUUUAAUGUAUUAUA